UGGCUGUGGCGGGUUGGAGUCCUGCUCAAGCAUGAGCCGGGCAGAAACGGGCGACCUGUGAUCGCAGCCAGGCACUUUCUUGAGAACAGCCAGCUCCUUCUCCACCCCCCGCCCCGCACCAGCCUUUCUCCUGAUCGCAUAGCAACCAGAGUGGGGAAGGAGUUUUCCACUCUUCCUCCUUUUUUUGAAGCACGAAUCCUGACUUCUCCAGCUGCCUGUGACUCGAUUCCUUGAUCGAUUCUCCUCGUUCUCUCCAAAGCGCCCGGUCCUCCUUCUUCCUCGCCGGCUGCCAUGGAGAGGCGAGGCUGGGCAGGGCGCAGCGCGGCCGUGGCUUUGCUGGCUGCCUGGAGCGCAGCCGUCCUGCUGGUCCGGGCGGAGAGGCAGUUCGUCAACGAGUGGGCAGCCGAGAUCCCGGGAGGUCCGGCGGCAGCCCAGGCCAUCGCCGACGAGCUGCAGUAUGAAUUUCUGGGGCAGAUUGGAUCACUUGAAAAUCAUUAUCUAUUUAGACAUAAGAGCCAUCCUAGAAGGUUGCGAAGGAGUGCUACUCACAUCACAAAAAGACUCUUGGAUGAUCAACGCGUGUCUUGGGCAGAACAACAGUAUGAAAAGAAGAGAAGUAAGCGUUCAGCAGAAAAUCUUUUCAAUGACCCCAUGUGGAAUCAACAAUGGUAUCUGCAAGACACAAGAAUGACUCCGUCUCUGCCAAAAUUGGAUCUCCAUGUUAUUCCUGUGUGGCAAAAGGGGAUUACUGGGAAAGGUGUUGUCGUAACAGUGCUUGAUGAUGGCUUGGAGUGGAACCACACCGACAUUUAUAUUAACUAUGAUCCUGAGGCAAGUUAUGAUUUCAAUGACAACGAUCACGAUCCAUUUCCUAGAUAUGACCCAACAAAUGAAAACAAACAUGGAACACGGUGUGCAGGAGAGAUCGCCAUGCAAGCCAACAACCUGAAAUGUGGAGUAGGAGUUGCAUACAAUUCCAAAGUUGGGGGCAUAAGAAUGCUGGACGGAAUAGUCACAGACGCCAUAGAAGCAAGUUCAAUCGGUUUCAGCCCAGAUCACGUGGAUAUUUAUAGUGCCAGCUGGGGCCCAAAUGAUGAUGGGAAAACUGUGGAGGGACCUGGCCGGCUGGCACAGAAGGCUUUUGAAUACGGCAUCAAAAAGGGGCGAAAGGGGAAAGGUUCUAUUUUCGUCUGGGCUUCUGGGAAUGGCGGCCGCCAAGGAGACAACUGUGACUGCGAUGGCUACACAGAUAGCAUCUACACGAUCUCCAUCAGCAGUGCUUCUCAGCAAGGCCAUUCUCCCUGGUAUGCAGAGAAGUGCUCUUCAACAAUGGCCACAGCAUACAGCAGUGGGGAUUAUACUGACCAGAAAAUUAUAAGUGCUGAUCUUCAUAAUGAAUGCACUUCCACACACACUGGGACAUCUGCUUCUGCUCCUUUAGCUGCAGGGAUCUUUGCUCUGGCACUGGAGGCCAAUCCUAAUCUAACCUGGAGAGAUAUGCAACAUUUGGUAGUCUGGACAUCUGAAUUCGAUCCGUUGGCCAACAAUCCGGGAUGGAAGAAGAAUGGAGCCGGACUGAUGGUGAACAGCAGAUUUGGAUUUGGAUUGCUCAAUGCCAAAGCACUGGUAGAUUUGGCUGACCCUAAAACCUGGAAAGAAAUACCCGAAAAGAAAGAGUGCAUUGUUAAGGACAGCAGCUUUGAACCAAGGUUAUUAAGAUCUAGUGGUGAAGUUACCAUUGAAAUUCCCACAACAGCUUGUGAAGGUCAAGAAAAUGCCAUUAAAUCCCUGGAACAUGUACAAUUUGAAGCAACGAUUGAAUAUUCCCGCAGAGGUGAUCUUCAUGUGACCCUGACUUCUCCAUCAGGGACCACCACAGUCUUACUAGCCGAACGGCAAAGAGAUAAGUCACCCAAUGGCUUUAAAGACUGGGAUUUUAUGUCAGUUCACACUUGGGGAGAGAAUCCAACAGGCACAUGGACUUUAAAAGUUGUUGAUACGUCUAGACGAUUGCAAAAUGAAGGAAGAAUUGUGAACUGGAAGCUGAUUUUGCAUGGCACUUCAACUCGACCUGAGCACAUGAAGAAACCUCGCAUCUACACAUCAUACAAUACUGUCCAAAAUGACAGGAGAGGUGCGGAAAAGAUGACGGAUUUUGUAGAGGACCACACCACACUGGAGAACCUGAGUGGAAAAAGGAAGGUGACAGAAAGUACCACUGGCAAAGAUAAAUUACAGGAAGUGGCCUCAUCAGAUGCAAUGCUCCGGCUACUGCAAAAUGCCUUUCGUGACCAGAUGGGUGGGAAUCAAGUACCAAAAAAGGUGCUAAGUGAAAACUCAAAUAUUCCCUAUGAACAUUACUAUCAAGCUCUUGAGAAACUAAACCAAGCCUCUCAGCUGAAAGACUCAGAGGAGUCUCUGUAUAGUGACUAUGUUGACCUUUUUUACACUAGCAAACCAUACAAGCAUCGGGAUGACAGACUACUCCAAGCCUUGGUUGACAUUCUGAAAGAAAAAGAUUAAGAUAUACAUAUAUAGAAUAAGGCACUAGGUUGGAAACAUUCACAGCCACCCCAUCUUCUUAAUACUCCUCAUUCCAGACUGGCUCCCACUUAUUCAAUCUGCAUCAUCAUCACUUUUAUGGCUUUCUGCGUGCCAACAAUCUUCUUUAGGAGAAAGAGAUUGGGCUGCUUGUUAGAUGUGAGGAAAUCACACCUUUAUGAAAAGCUUUCAGUAAUCCUGAGAACAGGCAGCUUCCUUCGGGAAUGAGACAAAUUCACCAACUUGUGAAAACACUAGAGAUUGAAUGCAGCAGGUCCUGUCCAAAAAAUUAUGUUACCAAUCACAGUUAGGGAUAUUGUUUCAAGCAAAAAAUAUUAGUAAUAAUAAUAAUAAAUUUUAUUUAUAUCCCGCCCUCCCCAGCCGAAGCCGGGCUCAGGGCGGCUAACAACAAUAAAACAGCACAACAGUACGACACAACACAACACUCUAAAAUCAUUCAUUAUAAAAUUGAUUUGAAUCAAACCAAUGGUAACCAUUGGGCCAGAGCUCCGCGAAGAUUGCCAAAGGAGGGAAUCAGGCUGUGCCCUGGCCAAAAGCCAGGGAUUAUCUAACGUCUCCUUAAUUGAAGUGAGUUCUUCAACCCAUAGAGAAGAUUUCCUUUCAGAAGGAAUAAGGCAGUAUUGUCACAAAAUCCAGCCAACUCCUUUCAACCCCAAAUACUGAAGGUUGUCUGUGGACCCAACCCCCCCACCCUGCCCUAAUUUAGAUUCACAUGUAAAAACGCUCCUUCAAAAAAAAUUAUUCCGUACAGCCUAUCAGUUUCUACCGCUGUGGUUCAAGAACAGCAGUGAGGCAUCUCUGGUCCACAUGCCUAAAUAUGCCUGCCAGACCAUUUGGAACAAGCCACACCCACCUGCCUCUAUAGGUAAAAAAUGUAGCUGGGCCCAAGCACUGACAAUCAGCUGGCUAUCUACUUUGUAUGCAGAACCUCUUAGCCCUGACCCACUUAUUAGGAGAAUCUUAUACGACACCUAUACCAUGCUUGGAUCUACACGGAUUAUAUAGAUCCUGGGAAAUGUAAAUAGGAUACUACCUGCACCAGUCUUCUUUAAUAAGGCACAGGAAGAAAUGCAGAUGUGAAUAGCACCAUGCCAAAACCUGGGCAUCACGAUCAAAUGAGUCCAGUUAGGCCCUUUUGCUGGUGUUAAAACUCUAUAGCCCUAUUAGGCUCUGAAUGUGCUAAUUUUACUCCCCCCCCCCCCAAAUAUCAAAACUAAGUCCAUACAUUUCAGGAGACAGGCUUCCUGGGGGAAAGCCCUAAUAUAACCAGAGAGUACUAAAUAUAAAUAGCAAAUGCUGAAUCUAACCAGAUCUGGCAUUAUUGUGGUGAUUUUCUUGCUUUAUGACACAUUUGUCAACAUCUAGCAGAGAGGCUAUUUUGUCAGAAAUGAAAAACCGGGGAAGAGAGGCACAAGGGCCUUUAAGAACAAAUGGAAAUUGAACGCAGAAGAAACAUUUCAAUGAAAGAUACAGCUU